AUGUACGGAACAAUAUCCGAUGAGAAGACGGUUGACGUACCGGCAACCGAAGCGUGGAAGCUCUACAGCACUCUCCAGCUCCCCAAAAUGGCGUUGGAAGCCAACUCUGACCUCGUCAGCUGGAUCAACGUCGUUCAAGGCGACGGCGGCGCCGGAACCAUUCUCGAGGUCAUUAUCCAUUCAGGGAUGGGAGGGGGAUUGAAAUCCUUCAAGGAGAAAUUCAUGGUGGUGGAUCACGAGAAGCGUGUGAAGGAGGUAGAGGUUGUGGAAGGUGGAUUUCUGGAUCUAGGGUUCACGCUGUAUCGUAUAAGAUUCGAAGUGAUAGAGGUGGAGGGAAACGAGAAGCAGUGUAUAACUCGAUCUACGAUCGAGUACGAGCUCAAAGAGGAAGCUGCAGCGAAUGUUGCGCUCGUUUCCAUUCAACCAUUCACUAAUAUCAUGCAACUCUCUGCUGAGUAUUUGCUCCGAAACAAUGAUAAUUGAUCAACUAUUAGCCGCAACAAUGACAAUUGAUCUACUAUUAACUCGGGGAUGUGUGUUUUACUUUCAUGAUUACUAAAAUAAAUUUCUAUCCUCCUACUAUAUAUCUCUGUAUUUCAUUUUCUCUUUUCCACGCUUUUAAUAACAACAAUAAAUAUGAAUCUUCAUAUUUUAUCAAUUCAUAA